AUGUCACAUGUUUUAAGACGUUUUUACGGCACAAAUACGGGGAGAGUGUCCCGAUGUGCAAGCCAGUGUCGUAAUAUCGGCCGGAACGCGCUCGCGUUCCUUGACGACGGACCAGCGCGUAAUAAUGGAUAUCGUCGCCUCUCAACACACGAUUCGUCAGUAAUCAAUGAUUCUACUGGAUAUUUAGAUCUAGACGGGGCUCAAAGCGGCCCCUCUUCGCCUCCACGUGCCGAUUCUUUGGGAUCAUCUGUGUCUACGCCUCCUUUUGCAAGUUUCUUAGAUUCUUGUGCAGAGCUGACAGAAUCGCUAGUAUUUGACCGUCAUAGGAAAUCUAAGCAGGUUAAGGAGCAUUUGCGGUCUUUGGGUUCCGGGACAGUUGCCGAUGUUAUCGCAACAUUGGACUGCUUGGGUCUUUUGCAGUCUGGUAAAGCCACCGUAACUGGGCUGAAUGCCCAUAAAGUAGUUUCUAUAAUCUCUACUCUGGCACGUACGUGCUAUACAUGUGCUGCUGCUGGUGUUAUAGUGCCCCGAGAGGUAGUACUGGGUUAUACCUCUGCGUUACACGGGUCGCUUAUGGAACUGCUGGCUGGCCAUGGUACUGCGGAUAGUGGUGGCGAUAAAUCACUAAAUCUGGGAUCUACCACAAUAACAUAUUCUCACGAUGAGCGUUCUCCUUUGGUCACUGAUAUUUCUAAUGCCUUGGGGUUGUUACUGUUAAGUGCAGCCGAGUUUGGUUUGGGUAUGGACGUACGUCAUCUGUGUGAUGAGAUGUUAAGAGGUAAGAAUUCCCGGGUUGUCCUGGAAUCGGUUACUGGCAUUUGUCUCAAUGCGUCGACUUUAAUAUAUGUUAUGUUCGACGAGGAGAAAGGGUUGGCUUCCGAGUCCCAUUUGCACCAUCUUGUAACUGUCCUUGACGCGUUGCCACUCAAAGAGAUGACCCUAAGUCUACGUGAUCUCUUUUACUGCAAGUUGUGGGUAUCUUGUGUUGAUUGGCGUCACCCGGGUUUUAUCAAGCAGCUUACCCCUGCAGGCCGUAGCUUCAUCCAGAAUGUGGUCAUGCUCGACCACAUUGUUGAGACUAGCGGGUUAGCCAGUGAAACUGAUACUUUACUGUUUACCAAGUUGCGUGAGCAGCACUGUGAAGUGGACAUGGACUUUUUGGCAUUGGAACCAUUUGUAUUCCCUUUGUUGUGUUGUUCCACCAAGGAGGUUCACGAGGCUGACGUUUCAGAUUGCUACUUUGACGGUGAUCGUCGCGAGUGGCGUCGUGAAUGUCUAGUUUGGCGACGUACUAUCGCAGAGAGUUAUAUUAAUGGCAUUUUGCCAAUUGUCGCCAGUAUGUUUUUUCUGAGUCGGAUCUUCCAUUCACCUCCGAAGUCUCCCAGGAACAUAUAUUUUCCGUGGCAGACUAUCUGCGUGCAUCGUUCUGGUGCCUUUUUGGAGCGUAACCGUUUGGCGUUGCGUGUCCCUAUAAAUUUGACAAAAUUUGAGAUCCGUGAGUAUCUGCGUAAGUUAUAUGGAGCGCAAGUUAUCAAGGUGAACACUUUGAUAAAGGUCCCGCGUAUAAGGCGUGACCUUGCAAGUCGUCGGCCCCGGUAUUAUCGCAACGGUCCUAUGUACAAGAAGGCUAUAGUAACCCUUGAGCAUUCUGUUCCCGAUGAGGUAAAAAUGCUGGGUCGUGAUUUUGAGCUUGGUGUGAACCCUGCUAUAACAAAGAAGAACGUUCAUUACGGGAAAAAGAAAGAUUACAGUUAUGUACCAGAUAGGAGUAAAGACCCACUAACUGGAGUAGGAGAAUAUUCGUGGCGUUUACCUUUACCCAACCUGCUUGCAGAUGAUGAUUGGGAGAUGCAUCCUGAUCUAACGGAUGAUUCCGAUCACCUUCGUAUGAGUCCUGAUCCUACAGAACCUCAUGUUCAUGGAGGUUCAUAUGUAGGUACUACUAAGCCUGAAAUAGUUCCAGAUCAACGUUAUACUAUGAUGGACCUUACCCCUUGGCGUCGGAAGUUGCAACGUCAAGAGGCAUCUGAGAAGGACUCAGUGGCGCCAGCUACUCCUACGCCUUGGAACUUUCCUAAGGAACAUUAG